CCGCCUCCUCGUACCACCGCCUCCUUCUACUCCCACGACCUCCUAGCGCACACCCUGCCUCUUCUCUUUCGGCUUGCCCUUUUCUCUCCUAUACCUUGAACCCCUCCCACUAGCAUCCUACCCGGUUUUGAUAUAGCUCGUCCCUUUCCCCCAACUUCGACUUUCCACUCAUGAAAUUUACCUCAAGCAUUCUCUUGCUGACAUUUGUCUGCUUGAGCCAGCCGUCCGCGCAUGCCGCGGGCGUAGACAUCCAGGCUGCUAUCCAGAAGGUAAUGCAGUAUCCGAGUGGCGUAAAUGUUAAGGCAGGCUCCUAUAUUGUCGAGCUCGAUGGCACUCCCGGCAACACCAACAUCCAGGCAAUCACCAACAGUGUCGCUUCCAGCUUUACAUCUAACUUUGCGCCCUCGGCCCCCAAAUUCACCAUUGGAAAGCACUUCACAGAGCUAUUCAAUGGCUUUACUUUGCAUGCCAACAAGGACUUUGAUCCGAUCCAGAUUGCCUCAAUCCCAGGAGUCAAGCGUGUAUGGCCGAACCGUAUUCGCAAACUGCAGUAUCAGGCAUCGCCAACAAACAUCACAUAUCCGUACCUGCAUCAUGCUACUGGGGUUGAUGCUGUUGUGCAGAACCUCGGGUUCACUGGAAAGGGCGUCAAGAUCGGUGUUAUUGACAGCGGCGUCGAUUUCAACCAUCCCGAACUCGGCAACUGCUGGAAGACCUUUGGCUGUAUGUGGCAGUUCGGUGCUGAUCUUGUUGGAGACGACUUUAACCCGAACGACCCAGUCCCUGUUGUCAAGCCUGGGCCACACCCAAUGGAUUGCAUGGGCCACGGAACUCACGUUGCUGGCAUCAUCGCUGGCCAAGGACCUCAAGUGAUUGGUGUUGCUCAAGAUGCCACCAUGGGCAUGUAUCGCGUGUUUGGCUGUCCCAAGAAUGGCACCGAGCCGACCACAUCGGACGAAUUCAUCAUUGCCGGAGUUGAGGCUGCUUACAAGGAAGGCGCCGACAUUAUCUCGCUGUCGCUGGGCGGCGGUGGCUGGCCCGAGGACCCAACAUCAGUUGCCUGCUCAAACAUGGUCAAGAAGGGUAUCAUCGUCGUUGUGGCCAAUGGCAAUGACGGCGACGCUGGUCUGUUCACUGCUGGAUCUCCGGGGCUCGGUCAUGGCGUAAUCAGCGUUGGAUCAGUCGACAAUUGGAACAUAACCGGGAAUGCCAUUGACGUGGUAUCAGGUGCUGGCACCAAGAAGUUGCUGGCAUCGACGCCAGCAAACGGAGAUUUUCCGUUUGUCUUUGAAAACAAUGUGCCACUGGUCACCGUCGUCGACUCUGCAAACAGCAAGCUGGGCUGCGCCACGAUCAGCCAGGACCUGAAGGGCAAGGUUGCGCUUAUCCAGCGUGGCAAUUGCACGUUCAACGAGAAAGCAGCAAAUGCCCAGGCUGCUGGGGCAGCUGGAGUAAUCGUCUACAACAACGCACCUGGUAUGAUGAGUCCAUCGGUUACGGACCCCAGCGUUACUAUUCCGGUUGUUAUCAUUACUCAAGAAGACGGCGCGUAUGCUGUCAGUGCCUUGGCCAGCGGGAAUGUUACUGUUAAGGCGCCCAAGAGCAACGUUGCCACAGUACCUGCUACGACCGGUGGCGAGAUGUCAGAUUUCAGCUCGUAUGGUCCGUCACCGGAGCUGGAUAUCGCACCUAUUGUUUCCGCUCCUGGCGGCAACAUCUAUUCGACAUAUCCGCUGAAACUUGGCGGCUACAUAUCAAUGUCUGGAACCUCAAUGGCCACACCGUACAUCUCGGGUACUGCUGCUCUGUUCAAGCAAGCACAUCCGAAAUACAGUGUCGACCAACUACGCCAGGCCCUUUCUACUACUGCCAAGCCUCGCAGCGACAAGACCACUGGCAAGAACAUCCACCCGUACUGGAGCGGCAGCGGCCUGGUCAACAUCUUUGACGCUAUCAAUUCGCGUGUUGAGUUUUCGCCGUCAGCGCUUGCGCUCAACAACACCAUGAGUGGGCCGCUCAGCUCUGUGUUUGGCUCAAUGAUGGGGUACUUCCCUCGCUGGUCUGUACGCAGAGUGUCGAUCAAGAACACCGACCCACAUAAGGCGGCCCGCAUCUCCUUCAGCAACUCUGUUGCAGACUCACUCACACCAUGGGCGGCUGAUGGUACGUUCAACCCGAAACCUCGUGUUUGGCCUGCAGACACAACGGCUCAGACUGGCUGGAGCACUAUGCCCCAGGCAUAUGCACCUGAACUUCACAGUAACAACCUGGUUGGUCCUGGCCAGACACGCAAUAUUGCUGUUGUAAUCACUGCCCCGUAUGGCCUGAAGGACUCUGAGCGCUGGUUCUACGGCGGAUUCCUGAACUUCACCAUGUCCUGGGGUGACAAGUCCAAUGGUGCCUCUUCAUUUGUUAUUCCAUAUGCUGGGUUUAACGGCAACUAUCGCCAGCUUGAUGUGCUUGCUGACCCAUCCGAGGGAUUCCCACUGCUAGCCGAUGCAAGCGGCAAUGUAACCACAGCACCUGUCACUGAAAAGACCCCACAGGUCUUCAACUUCCGUCUUGAGCUUCCAUCACGCCUUGUCUCAAUCACGCUGCAAGAUUCAAAGAAGAAGACGAUGGGGUAUCUUCCAGGCGGCUACCUUGAGUACGUCUCGCGCAACCUGCAGACCCCAGAAACCUUCAUGUACUCGGCUGUGGCCAACGGCACAGUAUUCAAGGAUACGCUGAUGACCCAGCGGGUGAAGGUCCCUGCUGGCCAGUACCAGAUCAAUCUGAAUGCACUUCGUCCGCUCGGAAACCCCAAGAACCCCAAGGACUACCAGGCUUGGAUAUCACCUGCGAUCUCAUUUGCGUAAGCUGUAUUUUACAUGGCAAUAAACAAGCAUGAGCAUGGUGU